AUGGCCAAAAUCUGUAGCAAGCGCUCUGGCCAUCAACUGGAGCCAGAGACAGUGAGUGCUAUCCUCAAGGCCGCCUGUCAAAACGGUCACUACGAGCUAUUCCAUGCCGUUGGCAGCUGUCACCAAGGCAAUUUACCACUUUCGUUUGUUGAUUGGGUAAGGGAAUGGCUAAGCGCGCUCCCCGACGCGGACCGCGCUGAAAAGUACGAGAAGUGGAUACCAGAACUCGUCAAAGCCUAUCCGUCCGUCGCCGAUCGCGUCGGCUUCUUUGAUAGGAUGUCAAAACCCACUGGUGAUGCCUCUGCGCCAGAUGCAGCACUUACAAACCAGCCCUGGGCUCAAGAUUUACUCCGUCAAUCUAUCCAAAAGUCACUCGAGACCACCUCGACACCCACUGAAGAAGAGGGAAGCGCGAUUGUGACUGCGGUGUUUAAUCUCAAUGAUACCUGGCCAAAAACAUCCGCACUUCUCACCUCGAUAUUUGACCACUUCCCUAAACCUGAAGCAAUUGCUUUCUUGCUUGCUUUCCUUUCGCAGCUCAAGACUCUUGAAACAAAGGCAGGUUUGCCGAACCCCGAAAUCUUAGAACUCCGCCGAAAUCUUAGCUCGCGUGUUUUUAACCAUGAAAGAACGCCGUCGAAGAUUGUUACAGGAGUCGAAACCGAGUACACGCGGGCACAUUGGCCGGAGGUCUCCUCUGAUGCGUUGUCUGAAUUUCUCUGUGAUCUUCGCGACCUGAGCACCGAUAGAGAGAGUUUGCUGCAGCCGGUUAUCGAACAAAUAAGCGCACAGCAUGCUACAUUCUCAGAGAUAGAAAUGAGGGAUUUCUGGAUGCUGGUCCUCUGUAAACUCAUCGAAAUUCUAGUCGCUCGAUCAGUCCCGCUCAACACGCCGUUGUACCAGCAGCUCACUAGACAAUUCAUCGCGCAUUUUGACGACCAAACCCUUGGACCAUGUCCGCAUGCAGGCAUCAACCCCCGAUGCGCUCAAUUAGAAUGUACAUGUGACGACUGCGAGAAAGUCAAUGAAUUCCUCCGAGAUGGCUCGCAAAACCAAAAGGCCGAAUUCAGACUCAAAGACCGAGAGGCCGUUCGCCAUCUGGUCCAUGAGAUCGAUCAGAGUAGGGCCCGUUGUAGCCAAAAAGUCGAUGAGUGGAUCUCGUCUCGAACCGUCAUCGUCAAGAAGUAUGGAACCCUAGAGGAGGACGUUGCUGAAUGGAAAAUGCAACGAAAGUUCUUCUAUCAGGAGCUUUUUCGCGACAUCAAAAAAGAACAUCUCGAAAGUCUGCUCGGUGCUGAAGAGACUGCCCGCCUGCGAUCGUUGGCUGAGUUAGCACAAUAA